AUGGAGACAGCUUUCUCUCCCUUUCUCUCUCUUUCUCUCCCUUUCUCUUCCUUACUUUAUCUACAGUGCUGAACUUCAGUUUGCUUGCCCUUUUGCUGGAAACCAAAUCUGAUGAUCAGAUCAGAUAUAUCUUUCACUCUUUAUAACCCAAUUCAUGUUUCAUCCCCACUAACUGCAGCCUUUCAGGAUUUCUCUCAGAGGCAGAAGGUAGCUUCUUCAAAGUUCAAACAAAGGCAAUACUCAAAAACCCUUUCAAAAACAAGUGAAAAAUAUCAUCUUUUUUUUUCCUUCCCUUUCCUCGCUUCAAUUUCUCCCUUUUUCCUCUAAUCAUCUUCCUAGGGUUCAUCUGAUCUACCUCAGAAAGAGAUACUGAAAGUCUCAAACCCUAGAGUAUCCAAUCAAAAACAGUAAGGAACAUUUUUCGUCUCUGGAUGGACUUGGUUUCACCAGCACCCGAUCCGACUGCAUAUUCGAGCCCGAUAGUGGCCGGGAAUACCAUGAUAACCUCUUCAGCCAACAACACCAUCAUGGGUACUGGACAGACUACCUCCAGCACCACGGUGCAGCAACCACCGUCCACUCUAAGCCGCUAUGAAAACCAGAAGCGCAGAGACUGGAACACCUUCUGUCAGUAUCUCCGCAACCACCGCCCUCCGCUUUCCCUCUCAAUGUGCAGUGGGGCCCAUGUUCUCGAGUUUCUCCGCUACCUCGACCAGUUCGGGAAGACCAAAGUCCACAAUCAGACCUGCCCGUUCUUUGGCCUCCCGAACCCUCCUGCCCCCUGCCCCUGCCCUCUCCGCCAGGCCUGGGGCAGCCUCGACGCGCUCAUUGGGCGUCUCCGAGCUGCUUACGAGGAGCACGGAGGGAGACCUGAAGGGAACCCGUUCGGAGCUCGAGCAGUGAGGAUUUACCUGAGGGAAGUCAGGGAUUUUCAAGCCAAAGCUAGGGGUGUUAGCUAUGAGAAGAAGAGGAAGCGGCCAAAGCAGAAGGUAGCAACAUCACAGCCACAACAACCACCUCAUCCUUCAGAGGCUGCGGCCGCCACUGCAACUGAGUAGCUGGAAUCCUUAUCGGUAUUUGGUUCCUCUUCCUUUGUCACUCCCAUUAUCCUGUAUAGAACAUGUAGUUAUAACUUAAUUAUAAUCUCUUAUCUCUAUGCUGUCUUUGCAAGUUUUCCACAGUGUAUUCUAUUUGGAUGAUGAGAAAAUAUGGUGUUUUAGAUUGUGGGUACACUCUGGAAUUGUUUAGAGAUCCCGACAGUAUUAGAAUGGAUGUGAAGAUGAAAGUACGCAGCAGUGAGCAGUCCUAGUUGUUAGGGAGCAGAGGAAAAUGGAGAGGAAAAGUACCAGAUACAUUGAUGAUCAUGGGGAAAGAAAAAAAAAAAAAAAACCAAAUUGGUGGUUCUAUGUAUGAAUCUAGUACUCAAUCCAAUUAAGAUCAUGAUUAAGAAUGCAUGAUAUGCGUAUGUACUUUGAAGAAGAACAUGAAAUUAAGUACUAUGUUAUCAUUGUUCUACCUAUUAUCUGUUUAUCUCGAUCAAGUUUAUUUUCCUCGUAGACAUGUUUGGCCAGAAAGUAAAUACAUGAGAAAGUUUGCA